AUGGGAUUACAAAUGGACUCAAGGGUCUACGCAUUUUUUAUCCAAGAAGCCUGUCACGAAGGAAACAUACAGGAAGCAGGAACUUAUCUGAAGUUAAUGACUUCGGCCGGCCUUAAGCCAACCAAGCCUAUUUUUGAGUCAAUACUCUGUGGCUACGCUAAAUUGGGUUUAUCGAGUCAAGUGGAAUCCACAAAAGAGCUUAUGUCAAAACUUGGCUAUUGGCCAAGUUCUUAUGGCUACGCCAAAUUAAUGGCUGCAUUUGCGGAAAUUGGAGAAGGCGAACAAGUUCUCGAUCUGCUUAAUCAAGCCUCAGACCUUAAUAUGAUUACGAAACCUGAUCCCGAUCAA